UUCUCUGUGGACGGACAGAUGACUGCCCAAAAAAGUAUGGAGAGAAAAGGACCUUUGUAGAAUACAAUGUCACUGUUCAUUAUUACUGUUUGCUGAUGUCAAGUGGCAUUUGGCAGAGAGGGGAAGAAGGUGAAGGUGUGGAUGGAUUUUUAUUCACAGAUAUUAGAAAAGAAGUAAAUAGAGCUGCAAAGCUGAAAUGCAAUAUCUGUAGGAAAAAGGGUGCUUCAAUAGGGUGUGUAUCUCCUAAAUGCAAACGAAGUUACCAUUUUCCUUGUGGGAUACAGAAAGAAUGUAUUUUCCAGUUCAUGGAAAACUUCAGAUCUUACUGUUGGGAACAUAGGCCAGUCCAAAAGAUACCACAUAAAGAACGUAAAGGAACUUCACAGUGUACAAUAUGCCUGGAUUUGGUUGAACAAGUUCCAACAUACUCUGUAUUGAGAGGCCCUUGCUGUAAAAACGCCUGGUUUCAUCGAGAAUGCUUGCAGUAUCAAGCUUUGAGUGCUGGGAUAUUUUUCUUUAGGUGCACAGUAUGUAAUAACAUGGACAAAUUUCAGAAAGAAAUGCUGAGAAUGGGCAUACACAUUCCAGAAAAGGAUGCAUCUUGGGAACUCGAAGAGAAUGCAUAUCAAGAGCUACUGCAGUGUUAUCAACACUGUGAUAUUAAAAGGUGUCUCUGCAAGAAAGGAAGAGACUAUAAUGAACCUGACAGUAAAUGGGAAAUAAAGCGUUGUCAGUAUUGUGGUUCCCGUGGAACUCAUGUGGCCUGCUCAUCUCUGAAGUCAUGGGAGCAGAACUGGGAGUGCUUGGAAUGUAGAAGCAUCUUUGCAAAAUCAGGGAACUAUAGCAGACAGAGGAAGCGUUCUUUGGCUGCCUCUGACAAGGCAGAUGGGACAACUUGUUUGCUUGAAGAGCCAUCUCCCAAGUGCCCUCGGCAGUCACCUGGAACUCCACGCAGUUUUCUCCACUCACCAAAGAGAAUGUGUCCAAACAACUCGUUGCCCUGCUCGCACCUAGAACUUCCAGCAUCCAACAGAGUGACAAUGUCCUUAUCUCCAAUGAUGUCAAACAGGAAGUGGUCUCUGAGGAAAAGGUAUUUUCCUACUUUUCUUGCAUUGAAGAGAAGGGAAGCUUCUAAUAUUCUGAAGGCUUUAAAGCUACAAAUUACUACAAAAACUACAAGGCUUAACAUCAACGCAGAAAAUAUCUGGAGCAGUGCUUUAAAAGGAUUCAGACAGCGCAGCUUCAGUCCCACAAACACCAUUGAAAUCAAGUUCAUGAACUGCAAAAACACAUUGAAAACGGAUACUCCUGCAGCAUCAAAACACUAUUUCUUCCACCUGUUAAUGCUUCACCUUCAGAAUUCAUCAUUGUUUGAGGGCUGUUCUGCAAAGAACUUGUCCCUUGAUUUUCAAGCUGUAAGAGAGAAUCUUUAUUUUGAAGCUGGUAAAAUGAUUGCAGUUUCUCUGGUUCAUGGUGGCCCAUCUCCUGGUUUCUUUUCCAAAACACUUUUCAAUUGUCUUGUCUAUGGUAUAGAGAAUGUGAAGCCAACUUUGGAAGAUGUUGCUGAUGCUGAUGUAGCAGAAACAAUAAAAAUGAUAAAAUAUGCAAAUAGUCUGUCCAGCCUAACAUCUACCGUACAUGACUGUUAUGAAUUCCUCGCUGCAGCUGGAUGUUUAAGACCUUUAAAAGCACUGUGUGACAAGGAUAAGCUAGUUGAUGACAUACUGAACUAUCAUGUGAUCAAGAGAAUAAUCUCACCCUUAGAAAGUUUUAGGCAAGGUUUGAAAACUCUUGGUGUGCUAGAGAAAAUGCAAGCACAUCCAGAUAAGUUCUUCAGUAUCUUGUGCUACAAACCUGAACGACUCUCAGCAGAAACUCUUUGUGAUCUCUUUACAAUCCAUUCCUCGUCAGAUGUAAAUAAAGUUGGAGGUAUUGAUUUUUGGAUGGGUUACUUACAAGAUGUGGAAAGUGGUGAGUCUGUAGUGACAUUGGAGGAUAUUCUGCUCUUCACAACAGGCUCUUUUUCAAUACCACCCGUUGGUUUUGAUCCUGAGCCUACUGUUAAAUUUUUGUGUAUAAAGUAUCCUGUUGGAAACAGACUCCUUAAUUGCUUGGAGCUCCCUAUAACAGAGACAUAUGAGACAUUUAAAAAGAAAAUGGACUUCACCAUCAGAAAUGCACUAAGAGUUGAAAGAGAAUAAAUACUCUUGCUACUAAACUGGAUGUUGGAAACAUCAGUUCUCUGCAGGAUCAUCUGCUCUGCAUUUUUGGACACCACGCUCUCAGCCUUCUCCCACUUUCCCCCAGUGAUAUGCUAAAAGUAGUAAUCCUGUAAGAUGGAAAACAAUUUUUAAAUCAAAAUACAUUAUUUCUGUUGAAUCAUCUUUCUAAAGUUUUGGCUUUUGCCAAGGCUCUUGCAGAAGUACCUUAAAUGUCUUGCUAUAGACAAGUAUAAAAUGUUAGCAAACUCUUAACAUUCUAGCAAUUCCCUGCAGGUAAGUGUGUUGAGUGUAUUACAGACUUCAGUAACUUAUUUAUCAAAGUUAAAUCAGGUACAUUUUGAAGGUAGCUGUUGUGGAGCUUUGUCUUAAGUAACUGUGAUGCAGUCCUUUAGUUGUUCCAUGUCUA